CAGUCCGGAUGUCAAGAACAGUUGUCUGCUCUUCACUUUCUCGUCUUUCUCUCAUUUGCUUGUCUUGUUAUUGCAUCACAUGUUGGGGAAUAGGGUGAUGGGGUCGUUAUAAAGUUAACGUGCUGCUGAUCAUCUCGAUUUUUGGAAUUUGUGUUUUUCUGUUAUAUAGCCGAUAAUACAUUGUUUCCAGCCCAGACGAGAAACUGCACACCUCUGCUCCGUUAUUCGUAAUAACUUCUAUGGAAACUUGGUACGAUAGAAGAACGUCGGGGGCGAGGCAUCGGCCGCUGCCGGGAUGGAUCCCUGUUUUGUCACAGGUGUGAUGAUUGCCUCUGAGUGAAGAAGGAACUGAAGCUGUGACUGAAGCUGUGACUGACAGAAUGUCUUGGGGUGAGUUCAUUGAGCUCCGUGAGUUGAGGCUGCAUGACAAUGACCAGAUAGAGCUGACCAGCUGCGAGGUGCCUCGCUCACCACCUCGCCUAGAGCGGGCCAAUGCCCUGCGGAUCAGCCCAGGGAAGGUCCCAGAGCUGCUCAGACGGGUGGGCAUCAUCCGACUGCUGGGGGACAGCCUGGACCCACGGCUCACAGAUGAGAGGGGAGAGGGACAUGACUUCCAGCCCUGCAGCCAUGCCCAGCCCACCUGGUGUGACCUGUGUGGAGACUUCAUCUGGGGACUGUACAAACAGAGCCUGCGCUGUGCCAAUUGCGGAUUCACAUGUCACUAUCGAUGUCGACCUCUCAUCCAAUUAGAUUGCAGUUUGGAUCGCGGCUCCAUAGUUGAACAAACAUGUGCUGUAGAACACACCAUAGAGACUGAUACAAAUGUGGAUGAACAGGUCAAAUGUGGGAAGCAGCAGGAGCUGUCAGGCACAGAGAUCCAGCAGAAGGUGAAGGAGUACAACGCUCAAAUCAACAGCAACCUCUUUAUGAACCUGAACAAAGAUGGCUCCUACACUGGCUUCAUAAAGGUCCAGUUCAAGCUGGUACGACCCGUGUCAGUUCCCCCACCAAGAAAAGGUACUACAACACAGGAUGGUGCGGGCAAGAAGAAUGGGGGAGUAAAACGUUGCACCUCUUUCUACCUGCCCAAGGAUACAUCCAAACACCUACACAUCAGCUCCCGCACACGCGCUCGUGAGGUCAUCGAAGCCUUGCUGAAGAAGUUCACCGUGGUGGACAACCCUGGAAAGUUUGCCCUGUUUGAGCGCACUGAGCGUCAUGACCAAGUGUACCUGCGUAAGCUGUCUGAUGACGAGCGUCCACUCCACCUGCGUCUGUGUGCUGGACCCAAUGAGAAAGCCCUCAGUUUGGUGUUGAAAGAGAAUGAGACUGGAGAGGUCAACUGGGAUGCCUUCUCUAUGCCAGAGCUUAAGAACUUUGUCCGCAUGCUACAGCGUGAGGAGGAGGAGCAUGUCAAGCAGAUUGUGCAGCGCUACGCUCUGGCCCGCACCAGGAUGCAGGACGCCCAAUCUGCUGCUUCCACCCCUAGUGGUUCCUCCCCUGGUGGUUCCACCCCUGGCUGAGAAACACGUCGCCUACGGGACAACCUGCACCUCUGACUGACAACCAUCAAAAGAUGACCAGUCAUCACUGCAUCCAAAGAUCCCAGAGAACACAAGUGGACACCUCCCUCAAAGGAGGAGAGUGAAAGACCGAAUGAGAGCGAGAGGGCGCAAGAGGGCAAGCGCGUGUGAGUGUGAGAGAAAUCAGAAGUGCCGUACACCUGGAGAGAGUCUGUUGUGCCUGAGAGAGAAUGAGAAUUGAGAGAGAGUAUGUGAAACUGUGGUUGAUGAGAAACUGGCUUUGUCCAGUACUGCCUCUCAUUAUGGGGGUGCCAUUUCACUAUCCUGGGUGAGCUACCAGCCUCGUAAUGUUCAUCACCUGUUAUUCUUGCUGGCAGUAGGGUCCAUAGAUUAUAUCAUUUAUAGCUUUUGGGUAACAAUCAAAUAUAAUUUUGAGACACCCGAGUGGGGUCAGCCAUAUCAAAAAGCCCUGUUUAUCUCCCUUAAUGCCUAGCAAUAAGAGGGUAGCCAACCUAUUAGCUAAGACAAUGUUGAACAUAUUCAGGUACUGUCUGCCUCAGUAUCCCCAGACCCAAAUGCUAGACAGAAUAACAAGCGAUGGACAUUAUGGGCCAGGUAGGUACCCCAUGUUUCCAUUUGACCCCAAUGUCUGCCACAUACCUCCUGCACAUCUGUACUGUGAUGGAUGUUACUCUUUUUGCUGGCCCUUUAUGAGGCUGAGUGGGAGUGCCCCAUGUGUUGGGAGCACCUUGAAUGUCAAUUGAGAGGACAAUCCCCAGGUCGAUUUAAUUGAUAGGGGAAUCUCGUCCUUGAAACUUGGAACACUUUGAACUGGAAGCUGAUACUUUUUAUGUUUGUAUUGUGUAUAUUUUUUCAUGUUCUUCAUGAGAUUCUAAACCUCUGUUAAAACAACAGAAUAAUAGAGUUGAGAAUUUGAUUCAUAUUAUCAGCACGUCUAUAUCGCUUGAAAUAAUACCUUGACUGUCCUUUAUUCAAUUAAAAAAAUGUUCUGUUA